AUGGACGGAGAUAACCAACAUAUUGGCCGCCUUGCAAUAAAAGCACCUCCUUUCUGGCCAGAGGAACCAGAACUCUGGUUCAUUCAACUUGAAGGACAAUUUGCACUUGGAGGAAUAACGCAAGACGCAACAAAGUAUUUAUACGUAAUAGCACACAUUGAGACCAAGUACGCUCGGGAAGUGAGAGACAUAAUCACGCAACCCCCGGAAGCCGGAAAGUAUGAAGCAAUAAAGAAAACACUAAUACAACGACUAACGAUUACUCAAGAACAACGGACCCGCCAGUUACUAGAACACGAAGAACUUGGCGAUAGAAAACCGUCGCAGUUCUUACGGCAUUUACGAACACUCGCCGGAUCAAAUGUGCCAGAACAACUCCUCCGCACUUUAUGGAUAGGACGACUGCCCUCACAAAUGCAAAUCAUACUCACGACAAGGACUGAAGACAGACGUGAAGAAGUUGCUGAACAAGCCGACCGAAUAGCUGAAGUAACUAGCCGAUCUGUAGCAGCCACUACAAACAGCACCACUGAGAAACAAACUUUGGAGGACCAAAUUAAAAAACUAACGGAACAAAUUGCAAAAUUAAAUAACAGGCAAUUUUAUCGAUCAAGAAGUCGAUCCAAAAAUUGGUCGCCUAGAAGGCGAUCACAGAGUAGAUCUCAGAGUCGAACAAAUGAAGAGAACGAAGAAAUUUGCUACUACCAUCGGCGUUUCGGAAGCAAAGCAAAUAAAUGCCAACAACCUUGCAAAUUGACUAAGGAAAACGAGGAGGGGAGUCAUUAA